UCUUUGUUAAAUGAACGAAACUAACAUAACCUUUUUUAAUAAUUAAAUUAUUAUGUCAGAUAAAGAGUUUUCGACACUUCGUUUUCAUGAUAGUUGUCUGAUUGACUAAAUUUAUUUUUGGUCUAAAAAGUGGAAGGAAUCGAGGAUGGAGACGUCAGAGCCCCCAAUUGUGGCACCUUCUUUUGGAGAAGAACAAGGCAACGAAUUUGAGGGGAUGGAGGAAGAUUUCAAUGAUGAGGAGAACUUUGACGAUUUCUCUAUGGAGGGGGAAUAUGGGUCACAGCCAGAACCCAGUGUGAAUAUUCCUCAACAGAGCGGAAGUAGGGUUGGUAGUUCAGGAAAUGUUUUUCAGGACACUCAUCAAAAUGUGCCAAGGACAAAUAUUCCAUCUUCCUCAUGGGAUCAGUUCAAAUUUGGGUCAGACAAUGCACCAUUUAAGACAGCGCAGAGUGGAAAGGUUUACAAUGAAGCGAGUUCUCACAGGGGUGGUGGGGAAGGCGAUUUUCAAGGUGAAUUUGAUGAAUUCAGUGACUAUGGCGCUGAUGAUUAUCAGAAUUAUGAUGACGGUUAUGAUGAUAAUAUGGUAAACAGCCAUUAUGUUAGCCCCGAAAAACAAGAUUUGAAUUCCAUGCUACCACCACAGCAGCCAUUUAAUUUACAUCACGCUAAAAAACAGGUAAACUUUGGUCAUGGUAAUACAGACAGGGCAUCAAGUAACCCUUCUUUUGUUAGCAAUCAGAGAAGUGCUGGUUAUCAACAAGAUUAUAUAGCUGGAUUAAGUAGUGAGAACAUUCAAGGUAUUGAAAGUCAAAAUUUUGCAGAAAUAACUGGUGAACUAGACAGUGUGUUAACUGAGUCUGAACAAGAGUUAGGGAUUAAAGUUAAAGUUGAAAAAGACUCAGGCAGUGAAGAAAAUAGUGAUAACGAUGAUGAUGAUGAUGAAGAUGAGGAUUAUGAUAAUGAGGGUGAUGAAGAAUAUGAAGAAGAUAAAGAGGACAGUCAAGACAGUGAAGGGGAAUACAGCGAAGAAGUCAGUGAUGAUGAGGACAUAAAUGAGGCUCUGAACUCUCUAGGGGACCUUGAUGCAGUUGAGCUUGGCUUGGAAGAGCCGCCGGCCUCUACAGAGCAAGGUGAAGGGCAUGCAGGUCCAUCAGAACUACCAACGGGGGACGCCUCGCAGGAAGGUGAUGCAGACAAACCAAAGAAGAAGAGAAAGCGAAAGAAAAAAGGCGAGGGAGAGGCAACUGAUGGUGAGGGAAAGCAGAAAAGAAAACGGAAGAAAAAGGGAGAAAAAGCGGAGGACGGAGAAAAGAAGAAAGCAGACAACAACGCUAGGAAAAACAUCAGGAAAAUUCUCUCGGAGAACAAAUUGGAGCAGGAGACUCUGGAUGCCCAGAAUGCUGAGUUGGAGAGGCAGCGUCGCCUGCAGGAGCUGAAGAAACAGCAGCUGGCCACGCUUACCUCCCUUGAGGAGAAACUUGCCUCCCUUGAGGACAAACCAAAGAAGGAGAAGGACAGCCAGCUCAAGUCUCUGCUGCAGUCUGCAGAAGAAGAAGCAGAAAAGGAGACAGUGUCUUCUAUGAUCAAGGUGGAACCAAAAAGUGUAGAGCCAGAGAUUAAACCCAAAAAAGAAGGCGUGAUAGACAUCAGCAGUGGGGAGGAUGACGAAGACGUUGUCAUGUUGAAAAGUGAGGGGGAUGAGGAGGAGGAGGGGGAAGACAUGAGCGACGAUGACCUAGCGGAGGCAGAGGAUGUCAACAACAGCGGCAGUCACAUCAAUGACCAGUACAACGUGCCUGACGAGAAUGGCAAGGUGCUUGUUAACGUCGGGCAUCCCACGUCCGACCCAGAUAUAUACCUGUCACCUCUAGUGGGCAAGCAUAUCAAACCUCAUCAGAUUGGUGGAGUAAGAUUCCUAUAUGAUAACCUGGUGGAGUGUAUCAACCGCUUCAAGACCAGUUCAGGGUUCGGCUGCAUUCUGGCACACAGCAUGGGCCUCGGCAAGACUAUACAGAUGAUUGGCUUCAUCGACAUCUUCCUGAGGCACACUGGGGCCAAGUCCGUGAUGGUCAUCGUGCCCAUCAACACGCUAGCCAACUGGAUGUCGGAGUUCAACAUGUGGGUUCCUGACAAGGAGACGUGUGAGAAGUAUGGCAUACCCGAGGCUGAUUCACCUCCCAGGCCGUACCAUGUCUACUUGUUGAACGACAACUUUAAGAACACCCCUGCAAGGGCUAGGGUUGUUGAUGCCUGGUACCAGAAUGGCGGUGUGUUGUUGCUAGGUUACGAGAUGUACCGUCUGCUCUCCAGCAAGAAGGUGCACCUGCAGAAGGCUAAGGGGCGCAAGAAGCCCGGGUCAGACGUCAUCGAUGUGGAGGAGGAGGAUAGGGAUAAAAAACUGCUGCUGAACAUUCAUGAGGCGCUGGUGAACCCUGGUCCGGACCUGGUGGUAUGUGACGAGGGGCACAGAAUCAAGAACUCCCACGCUGGAAUCUCCAUGUCACUCAAACAGAUCAAAACAAAGCGAAGGAUAGUGUUGACUGGCUACCCUCUGCAGAACAACCUGAUAGAGUACUGGUGCAUGGUGGACUUUGUGCGUCCCAACUUCCUGGGUACGAAGACAGAGUUCUGUAACAUGUUUGAGCGGCCCAUCAUGAAUGGGCAGUGUGCGGACAGUACCCCACAGGACAUGAGGUUGAUGAGGUACAGGGCCCAUGUGUUACACAGUCUCCUCGAGGGAUUUGUACAAAGACGAGGACACACAGUUCUGCAGGCUGCCCUGCCCCCCAAGGAAGAGUACGUGUUUCUGAUUCGCAUGUCUCCCAUACAGAGGAAACUCUACCAGAAAUUCAUGGAGUCAGUCACUGAUUCAGGAUCCAAUGGCUGGGUCAAUAAUAACCCUCUAAAAGCAUUCUCAGUGUGUUGCAAAAUAUGGAACCAUCCAGACAUCCUGUACACGUGUAUGAAGAAAAGCCUCGACGACAAUGACCUUGACAUUGAAACUGGCGAACCCAAGAAAAAGGGUGGCAGUAAAUCCAAGGCAAAAAAGGAGACCCCUCCUGCAACCCCUAACCCACUCAUGGGAGCUAUGGCCAUGGACACCAGUCCGCUGCCCGAGGGGUCCCUGGCCUCUGGGAUACCCACAGUUGCCAAUGCAGCUGGUGUCAAUUCUCCGGCAAGCAGUGCCCCUUCAAUGGGGUCGUCCUUCAGUCUCAAUAGGAACAAUGAACCCACAAUCACGUAUGACUGGGCAAAUGAAAUCCUGAAGGACUACGUCCCAGGCAUGCUGGAGAAUGGUGGUAAAAUGGUGAUCCUCUUCAAUCUGAUCUCAGAAUCUCUGCAGAUGGGAGACAAAAUACUGGUCUUCAGCCAAAGUUUGUUCACCUUGAACUUGAUAGAAGAGUUCUUGUCCAAGUAUCGUGUGCCCCGCCCUGAACAAGAUGAACUCUGGUGUCGCAAUAAAAACUACUUCAGGUUGGACGGAAGCACCUCAAGUUCAGAAAGAGAAAAAUUGAUCAACGCUUUCAAUGCUGAACCCAACAAGUGGUUGUUCCUGCUGUCAACAAGGGCCGGUUCCCUAGGGAUCAACCUGGUGGGAGCCAAUCGUGUUGUGGUGCUUGAUGCCUCAUGGAACCCCUGCCAUGACUGUCAGGCCAUUUGCAGAGUCUACCGCUUUGGACAGAUAAAGCCAAGCUACAUCUACCGCCUUGUGACUGAAAAUACUAUGGAAAAAAAGAUCUAUGAUCGUCAGGUGAACAAGCAGGGCAUGUCGGACCGUGUCGUCGAUGAAUUGAACCCACAGAAUCAGUUCCGUAGAGAACAUGUGGAUAAACUCAUGGUUCAUGAGAAUAAAGAGUUUCCAGAGUUGGAUUUCUCAGAUGUCGCGCAGUUCAGCACAGACUGUGUGCUCUGUAAUGUUCUCCUCAAUGAGGGACACUGGCUCACUGCUAAACCAUUCACACAUGAAUCGCUGCUGAUUGAUCGCAAGGAGCUGAAGUUGACAAUGAAAGAGAAGCGCCUGGCCAAGCAGAGUUACGUGAUGGAGAAGAGGCUCAACGUGUCGUACAGUCGUCCCUCGUACUCUGCGUACUACCCGCGUGGUGGGGCGGGGAUGUAUCCAGGAACAAUAAGGGGUCGGGAUGGCAUGGUUCAGCGCCCUAUCGCCAGUGUGAAGCCCAUGAUCUCCACGCCAGUCCCAAUGAGACCCAAGAUAGUAGCAGCUCCACAGGUCCUCAAGCCGGGCGUCUCGGUUCACCAGGUGCUUACCACCACAGAGAUAGUACUGCCCGGGACUAACACAACCACUGAGGCAGGUACAACAGAGCCCAAGAAAAUCCCUGCCGGUCAGCAAGUGCUGGUCAUUCGCACUCCUAAAGGGGUUUACAUCCGCACUCCAGACGGUAAAAUAUUUGCCGUACGGUCCAAGCCUCAGCCAGACUCCACCUCUCCCCUGGAUACGUUGGCGAACACAGGAUCUAACCUCAGUACAGGUGGCGUCACAAUUGUGCGGCCGACUACCACCACCACUGUCAGUUCACAGGGAAAGACUCCUACAAGUGUCACUGUCAUCAGACCAAACAUUGUGUCAACAUCAAAGCCCUUGACUAUCAUUCGACAAGGGCCCGGCCCAGUCAGGACCAUCAUUCCUGUGACACUCAACAAGGGAGCCCCUACCAUACUAACCAGCAAGGGCUCUGGCACAACGGCCAGCCAGAUAGCCACAAUCGCAGCCCAGUCACAGAAAAUCAGCACCGCAACAAUCAACAGCGGAACCAAGAUCAGAAUUGUCACACCCAAUACCAGCACAACUGGGUCUCCCAAGAUUGGCCCCAUAACCACGCUCCAAACGCUUGCAAACGGUAAUAAGAAAAUAAUAUCAAACAGUCUGGCCUUUUCUGGAGGCACCACGGUGAUUCGUAAAGUUAUACCAAAGCCUGGACUACAGACCAUUAAGAGGUUGGCAAUGCCGGCUUCCAUGGAGUCUGGUGUUAGUGCAAGUGGUCUAUCUGACGUAAAAGAUUCAGGCAAAAAGACUGAAGAAGAGAACAAAGCAGCAGCUGAAGAAACUUCUGAGAAAUCAGAGGAUAUGUCUGAGGAAAAAGACUCUGCCAAACUGGUAACCAAAGAUGUGUCAUGGAAUUUACCUCCAAUUGAUAUGAAAGCCAUAAAAUUGCCACAGUUUAACGCUGACAAACCUAUGGCUUCUACAGGUUUAAUAACUGAAAAGGUAAAGAAGAGUGCUAAGAAGCCUUCCAAAUCCAAAGUGAAAGAAAUAAACAUUGCUCCUAACUCAGGGAGUGCUGGAAAUUCAUUUGAUAUGCCAGCGAGUAAAGUCAGUAAACCAAAAUUUACACUAUCUGGAAGUCCUUCAGAUUCUAACUUGUCAGGAACUCAAUCUCCAUUAAGUUCCAUGAGCGAUCAGUCCAACAGCUCUUCACAACAGUCUCAGAUAGGUUCGAACCAUGGCAGCCUGCCAUUGAGACCAUCAGAAAUCGAUCUUCACGAAAUGAAACUCACAAGCAAUCCCAAUUCAAGCUCAAACUUGUCACAAAUGUCAGCAGACAGCUCUGGGUUCAGGAACUGGAACCAGGGUUUAGGAAAUUCUGGUGCUGGAAACCAGUGGGAGAACAGUGCAAAGUCGAUGUCAGGUUAUGCAGGUAAUCAGUUCCAGUCUAGCAACGUCAGGCCACAGUACAGUACAGGAUUUAGUCAGCCCUCCUUGCAGAAUCCAAUGCAAAACAUCCAGACAUCUGCACAGGUUGGAGGGUUCUUCAAUCCAGGCAUCCCCGAUAACUCUGUUGCUAAUAACAGCAUGUCAGAUGUAAAUAAUCCGGGGAUUUCACAGAGUAAAAGGUCUGCGGGUCAAACUCUGCUUCAGACACAGGCUGGAAUGUACAAUAGCAAUCAAAACAUGUUUGGCAACUUUGGUGCCCCCACCUACUUAGAUAGCCAGCAGAUGAAUGCCAACAAGAACAUGCUGCCGGGAUACGGCAGUCAAAUCAUGGGCUACAAAGCACCUGUGAGCAAUACGAUGCCAUUUGGACAGGCGGCCCAUACAGCGGGUACAAAUCAGAACGUUGGAGACUUUACAAUGAGCGGUAUACAUAACAACUCCAGUUUCCUGUCCGAGCUGACUGAAACUGACGAUAAUUUCCUGUCUCAGCUGGACGAUUCUAGCCAGGGCAGCAAUAGCGACACCCCUUUAACAUCAUCAACCGCUUCAGCGCAGUAUGGAAAUCCAGGGGGCAUGAAUGUCGGAAUGAACAUGAUGUCCACUAACAACAUGGGACAGUUCAACCCAUCCGGCCAGGCAAACUUCGACAUGUUCUCUCCACAGCCGCAUAAUCCAGGAUUUUAUCCAAAUUUCGGGAACAAUCAUUUCAAUGCUAACUUUGGCAGCCAACAGCCUAUGGGCAUGUCACAACCUGGUGGAUUUCCGGGGGGAAAUAUGUAUCCUAUGGGUGGAAUAAUGCAGCCCGGCAUGUUUCCGUACACGCCUUUCGCCCCGUAUCCAUACGCCCCUAUGAUGGCUCCCAUGCCCUACUAUCCGAUGCCAUUCCAGCCUCAGUAUGGAGCCCAGGGAACCACUAUGGGGCCUCAAGCCAUGGGGCAGCAGGGCCCACAGAUGGCAGCAGCCUCUGGGAUGGUGAUGCCUUUGGGGGGACAGCAGGGGGACGGGACUUUCCAGCCUGGAAUGGGCAAUUGAAUGAGGUUUAUGAACGGCAACAUGGUAUAUGAGCUUGACCUGGGAAAUUGGGGUUUAAUGCAUGUGUAUAAAGUGUCGUCCCAUAUUAGCCUGUGCAGUUUGCAGCGGUUAAUCAGUGACAGCACUUUCUGCCUAUACUGGAUUUUUGUUAAAAAGGGGCUUCCUUUAAAAGAAAAAUUGCAUAAAAGCAAAGUGUCGUCUUAGUCGGUCUCUGAUUAGCCUGUGUGCACUUCACAGGCUCAUCUGGGUUGUCACAUAACUCACAUGCAUUAAGCCCAGUUUUCCUAGAACAAGGUCCCAAUAAGGGUUUUGAAAGGCUACAUAAUAUAUGAUGUGUAUCAUUUUGUUAGUAAUAUAAAAUUAGAUCAUUUAUGUGAAAAAUCAAAGAAUCCUAUUUUAAUAGGCGUUUGUUAGAGGCAUUUGAUAUUUGCGUAGUUUUGUUCCAUGUAUGCAACUGCAGCAGCAUGAAAAAUCAUUUUUGGGACAGCAACACUGUUGAUUUUCCAUUAAGAAAUGUGUGCAAGGUCUUGUGUAACUACUGGGACAUGUAGUACCUGACCAUGUGAUAGAGUUGUGAAUUGUGACCUGUUUUUGGUGUAAACAAUGGGUUUCGAGUUGAAAUCACCUCUUAAUCAUGCAAGAGUGUUAUUGAAAUUUCCUUAUGUUAAAAACUGAUAAUUGUGGGAAACAAACAUUGUCCUGUAAUAUAUGAACAGUGACCGUUUCUAAAACUGCAGCUAAAGAGAUCAUGCUAGAAGCAUUAAAGAAAGCAUCAUGAAGAAUCGGGAUGGAGAGAUUGAAAAAAAAAAUCUUGAAAUUUGAACUAGCAAUCAAAUUAUUAUGAUAAGUUAUCAAGUUAAACAUGUUUUUCACUUUUUGCAGUACUUAAUUAAUUGAAUAAAUUAUCAAUAGUUCAUAUUUUUACAUGGUAAAGUUAUUUGCCAAUGUAUGGUCAGCGCACCUGCUGAUCUGUGAAGAGUCUGUAUAUAGUUAAGUAUAUACACUUCUAUGUAUUAAAUCAUGUUGUUCUUGUGUUGAUGUUUUUUUACUUUUUGUAUUAUUAACUGAAGUAGUGUGUGUGUGUUGAUUGCAAAGGACGAUUAUGAACCCAUGUCAAUCCAUACAUUUGCUGUAACUAUUAUUAAAGUAUUUGAUUGUAAUAAUCAAUUAGUUAUGAUACCCCAAAGAUCUUGUAUAUAUUUUGCUAUUGGCGUGCAAUAUGGUUUUACACUUUUGCUUAUGGUUUUAAUUACUUACUUUACUGUUAGGUUUUGUAUUGAGUAAUUCUAUCUCUAGAAUUUAUUUCAAGAAGAUCAGACAUGUUGUGUAAAACAUGUGUUCAUGUUUUUACUGUUUAGCUUCCUCUGAAUAUGAAAAAUAAUGAAUGGCGCAAUAUUACUUUUUUCAGAAAAAAAAGUUUUGUUGAAGCAUACAAUAACAGUGGCCUAUGAAAGAUACAGGUUUAUCAAACUUUGUUUAAGAAAACAACAAACGUAUUUAUUGGUCCUGAAUACACUUCAUAAAAUUCAUGUGCGCAUCAAGCAAUGAUAGAAUAUUGCAUGGAUUAGAAGACGAGCAACAAGGAUGCUAAUGGGUGUUCUGUUCCAUUAUCAAACUUACUUAUUUAAAUGUUUGUUGUUUGAUGACAGAUCAGUGCUUGCAGAUAUGCCAAUUUUGUUGUUUUUUCCAUUGUUUUAAUAUGCAACUCCUCCCUAUUUGUUCAGUAUUUGUUGUUUGCAAAUGUGUAUAUUAGAAUAAAAAUGUUUUCCUCUUUAUCAAAAUUUAAUAACAUAGUCAUGAUCAUCCUUUUCCAUCACUUAUGAUCAUGUGUAUGUUGAAUUAUUUGUCAACAAGAAAGGUUGAUACAAAUUAAACGACCAAAAGUCAAAAUGUUGAGCCUCUCCUAUUUGAUCUUUUAAAUGAUAUAUCAUCAUGUUCUUAAUCAUGUUAUUGUUAACUUUAUCAUUGGUUUUCUAUUGCUUUUUGCCUCCACAACUUUGUCCCGUAAAUUCACUGUCAUUACAUUGCGCAUUCAUUUACAGAAUUUCUCACAGACAUUAGUUUUUAAAUAAUUUCAGGAAUUCAGUAUUUCAUUUCCAUGUUAGGGAUGUCUUUAACUUAAACAUUUCGCCAUUUAUGAACUAGUCAUUUCACCGUCAGUUUUUGCCAUAUACCUUCCCCAUGUAGUAUUGAAAUACAAUUUUUACAUUAUAAAUUGUUAGAUGUUUGCAUUGUAGAACUCCACUGUCACCACUUCAUUUCCCGUGUAUUGUACGUAUAUUCAGUGUUGUGCAGACAAUGUAUAGAAUAAAAAGUACUUCUGCAA